AUGGACGGGCAGUAUGCAAAUGACCCCGAGUGGGCAUCCAUCAAUCCUAUCCCUUUGGAUGAUGGCUCCGAGUCUGAUGUCAUGCCUUUGGCCACCAUUGCCUAUCCCCCGGCGUACCUCGAGGCGACCUCGUACCUGCGGGCUGUCAUGGCCGCGAAUGAAAUGUCCGAGAGGGCAUUGAAGUUGACCGAAGACGUGAUUUCCAUGAACCCAGCACACUACACUGUAUGGAUCUACCGCGCCAAGAUCCUGUUCGCCCUUGACAAGGACCUUGUUGCAGAACUCAACUGGCUCAACGAAGUCUCUCUAAAAUACCUCAAGAACUACCAAAUCUGGUACAUGAUCGCCCUGUUCCUGUUUCCAAACCCCUCACCUACCGAGAAGCUAACCAUCCACAGGCACCACCGCCAAGUUCUCAUGUCCUCACGGACACAUUUCCCCACUCACCCAGCUAAGGAACUCGACUUCCUAAUGGAGAUGUUCGCCCAGGACUCCAAGAACUACCAUGUCUGGACUUACCGCCACUGGCUUGUCCGCCACUUCAAAUUGUGGGACUCGCCGCGCGAGAUCGAGGACAUGGACGCGCUGAUCAAGGCUGACGUGCGCAAUAACUCAGCCUGGAAUCACCGGUACAUGCUGCGCUUUGGACCCCGCAGUGAGGAGCCCGAUGCCGGCAUGGUCAAUUCCGGGGACGCGGAUGUCGCAUCGGGAGAGAAGGGCCGCCUACCAGUGGUGGACGAGGACCUUAUUGACGCAGAGCUGAAGUAUGCGCAGAUGCAGAUUGUACGGGCACCGGAAAACCGAAGUCCAUGGUGGUAUGCACGUGGCGUGUUGCAUGCGGCAGGGAGGGGCUUAGAAGAGUGGGAGGAGUUUGUGGGGAGGUUUGUGAACGGGCAGGAUGUUAAGAGUAGUCAUGCUGUGGAGUGGUUGGCGGACGUCUAUGGUGCGACCGAGGAGAGGAAGGAGAAGGCGGCAGAUAUGUUCACGAUGCUGAAGGACAAGUCGAGAUUUUAUUGUAUCUGA